CGGCCUAUCCUUGACUGAAGUCCAUUUGUGAGGACUGAGAAGUCCCUUCUUCAGACUUGUUCAGGAGGUCUGCGUUUCUGUUUAACAUGUGGUUUCACACAAAAAUGUAGUCCACAACUGGGAUCAGCCCUAGCUGACCCAUGUCAAGGCUAGGGAGUUGCACAAGAAAUUCAGACUGAUUAAGAUUAACCUGAUGGGCCUUUCUAAAUGUGUCACUGCUCAAAAGAUCUGUCUUGUGUUGGUUUGCAACACAAAUGCAUAAACAAAUCAGUCAUGUAGGUUAAUUGAAGGUGUUAAACAGCAGGAGCUUUUAGAGGUGUUUUCUCAUUCCGUGUUGAGUAAUGUCAUUCAUUUUAAGUGCAUGCUGUCCUUGUCACUCACAUCUUCUCCCUCUAGUAGCACCUUAGGGUAAGUGAUACAUGUGUGGCGACAUUGUUUUCCGUUCACUUCCACUGUCGUCUACUCAUCUUCACCUCAAACUCUGCCCUUCUCAGCCGGCGCCAUGACAGACCAUGAUCCGUUGAUCUUGAGCUUGCCGCCGCUUUGUCCCUCUCUGCUUCUACGCAGUGCUGUUGAUAUCUGAUUGGCCCUUUGGCUGGGCCUAGCCCCUCCUCCUCCGACGCGUUGUGGUUGGCACUCAGGCUGAUCAAAAAACCCAAUGAACCAAUCAAAUUUGUAAUGCAAUCAUUGAUUGGUGUGGAGUUGAUUUGUUUGUUUGUGUGUGUGUGUGUGUGAGAGCGAGCAUGGGAGUAAGAAACUGCUUGCUGACUAAACCCUACUCAUGAAAUUUGAUGGUAGACAGUGGCGUGUGUGUUCAUGCAGUUGUGAGUGUGCAGCAAAGCUGGAGCCAGUCUAGUCAAGCCAGGUGUAAAUCAGGCCAGUCAGAGGCUGACGGCAGCACCUCAGGGUCAGGGCCGGGCCCAGACAAAUUAGCACUGGAGGGUGUGGUGGUGCAGAGGGCUGAGUGCCGACCAGCGGUCAGUGAGAACUACAUGAAGUUAAAGAAGCUUCAGAUCGAGGAGUCCUCCAAACCAGUCCGGCUUUCUCAGCAACUGGACAAGGCUGUGACUACCAAUUACAAGCCAGUUUCAAAUCAUGCAUACAAUCUGGAGUAUGAUAAGAAAAAGAAAGAAGAAGGCAAAAGGGCACGAGCAGACAAACAGCAGGUGUUGGACAUGCUCUUCUCUGCCUUUGAGAAACAUCAGUUCUACAACAUCAAAGACCUUGUGGACAUCACCAAGCAGCCGGUGAUCUACCUGAAAGAGAUUCUUCGCGACAUUGGGAUCUACAACGUGAAGGGCACCCACAAAAACACCUGGGAGCUUAGACCAGAAUACAGGCACUAUCAAGGAGAAGAGGAGAAGGAUGCCGAGUGAUGCCACCACGGAAAUGACCAGGACUUCAUCGAUCCCAAGUGGAUGCAGGACCGGGUCCUGGUUGGGGGACUUUGUUGUCCAAGUGUGGGGGGAAACCAGCCUGGAUGGAGCUCCAUGGUCUACCUCACUGUCCCUGUGUGUGUGACUUUGUACCUACUUCACAUCUCAACAUUAAGUCCACUGUCACACAGGUCUAAGGAUAAGCCAACAGGGAUGACCUUGUGUAAAGUUAGAAUAGACAAAAUGAGGGAGGUUCUAUUGAAAGCCCUUGAAUCGUUGAACAUUUUUUUUUUCACUUUAAGAUACAUUUAAUUCUUGUGUUGAGUAGAUUGGAGGAGGGUUUCAAUGUAGUCCAUUAAGAUGGCAGAACAGCUGAAACCUAAGGCAUGGUGAUUGAAUUCCAGACCAUACAGCUUAUUUGUUGGAUGACAAAUACAGAUGGGCUAUGCUUAGUGUUUCAUAAACCUUCAUCCAUCUUGAUGGGCAAGUUGUAUACUGCUACAUUUUGCAUCUGCCUCAUCUUUGUCUUUUUUAUUUUGUAAAAUAUGCUGUGCGUUUAAAAUAAAGUUUGUAAAAUAUG